CGUACACAAAAACCAUACACAAAUGUUUCUGUCUUGAGAAAGGAUAAGAAACCGUUUUGCUGCUGUUUGUUCGAAACCAACUUUGUUUAAAAUAGCUAAAAGGGGACACAAGAAGAUAAAUCCGAGCAGGGAGCCGUGUGUAAAAAGGCACACAAAAGGUGCACAGGGAAUAACUAAGAUCAAGAGAGUGUGGAGCCAUGAAUCUAAAUGACUUUGUGGUGAUUUCCAACAAGCCCAAGUCAGUCAAGCUCAAUGCCAGAAACCUGCGAGAGCUGCGCAUGGAGACAGUGACGCUGGCCCAGGAGAGUAAAGACAUGGAGGAUCGACUGCAACAACUCAGAGAGAGCAUGAGCCGGGAGAAAGAGGAGAGAGAGAGGUUAGGUGGUUUCCGUUGGAAGUCAGGGCAGGCUGGAGCUGUGAAUAACCACUGUGCAAAGAGGAACAAGGAGAGUGGACUCCAAAAGCUGUCAGCAGGCAAGGUGAAGAUACGGCUCCUCAAAGAUCAACCUCAGCCAGAAGUCUGCAGGGUGGGAGAGAAGGAGAAGGCUACAGCUGUUCUCUCAGGUGGUCAUGUGUCCAGCAGUAAGACCAGGCUGAGGGGGAAGGUGUGUGGCCAGUGUGAGGCUAGGGCUGCUGGACUGACAUGUGCAGAAUGUGGAGAGGACUACUGUGUCGGCUGCUUUGCCAAGUUUCAUCAGAAGGGGGCACUGAAGCUCCACAGAAUGAUCCCCAUUCAGACAGAGAUCCAGACCUCGGUGAGCACGCUGGAUGUUGUGAGUCACUUCCAGAGACAAGUUCAGCCCAACCCCAAGUCUGAUUCCCAAAUGGCUGGGAGAGGUGGAGGGGCGAGGGGGCCGGAGAGAAGGACCCAGGCCGCUCCCGCUGUUACACAUACCCACAAUGCACAGGGAAGCCAGGUUUUAGUUGUGAAUCCCUUGGGGGAGGAGGAAGAGGAGUUUGAUGAACUGGAGGAUGAAGAGGAGAAGGAGAUGCUGACUACCUCACUGCUGGGAGGACAAUAUGAUGAGGAGGAGUCAGCUCUCUCCUUUCAGGAGGCACUCAGGCAGUGGAGAGGAGAGAGAAGAGAGGGAGGAGAGAGAGGAGAUGCAAUCUGGAGACCCUUCCAAGCACGGACAGUAUCAGUGGAAGUGAUGGGGACCCAGUCAGACCUGAGUAACAGUGGGGCUGAGAGAGGACCAGUGAAGGUGGAGUUCACCCAACACAGUCUCAGUUACAUGGACAGACUUCUCAUCAAGAGACACCGCAGGAAGCCGAUGGAAGCCUAUCAACCAGUGUCCUCCCUGAUCUCAGUGCAGAGCUCCCCAACACACACACUGACAGCUGAGGAUGUGGAGUUGAGGAGGUACUGUGCCUCGCUGUUUGCUGUGUCAUCCUGCGGGGGCAGCGCUGAGCCAGAGCCCUCACCUGGAUCGUGUCUGAGCAUAGAGGAGUUAGAUGAGGAGACAGUUAGAGACAGAGGGUUUGUUACUGAACAGAAGGCUGAAGACAACACAAAGCAAGAGGAAGUCAAUGCAAUUGGAGGUCCUAACCUGUCCCACAAUGCAUUGUCCCAGGGAGCCAUGUUGUCUGGGUCUCCAGUGACCUGGUCACCUCGCCCUCCGUUGGUCUCUAAAGUGGGGACCACUCAGAUACCACAACCUGACCACACUAGUGUACGGUCUCCAAGGUCCACCACUGCGUCACCUCAGCCCAGAGGACCAAAGACCCCUGGGUCGUCAACCAAGACACCAGCCAAGUCAACACGAACGGACUGCUCUUACAACCUCCAUCAGUCAACUCUAGACCCCUCAUCCCCCAGCCCUUCUCCCUCUACACCCAAUCCAGAGCUCUUAUCUGCAGGGCCCCCAUUCUCUCUGUCUCCCUCUCCACCCUCUCUCCACUCCCUCAGGUCCACAUCCUCUCUGUCUCCCUCUCCACCCUCUCUCCACUCCCUCAGGUCCCCAUCCUCUCUGUCUCCCUCUCCACCCUCUCUCCACUCCCUCAGGUCCACGUUCACUCUCUCACCUUCGAGCCUCUUGGAGCCAGAGUCACCUCCGUUACCCAAAGGUCUUCAGGCCUCCAGGUUUAUUUACCCCAAACACCUGCGUGACAGGUUGUCACCUCCAAAACCUGUCUCCCUGAAGUCUCAGUCAUCGCCGUCACCAUCCUUAUCGUCCGCCUUGCCGUACUCUCAGUCACCUAGGAAGCGAUUAUCCAGCAGGUCACAAAAUACCAAGCCACCCAGUGACCCUCUCUCUCCCGUGUCACCAGGAAGUCCUGCGUCCUACAGGUCACCUCCAAAACCGUUAUCCACCAUGUCAACACCAUCACCUCCAGAUGCUCUGUCCUCUAGGAAGGUGUGGAUUCCAUCACAAAAGGAACCCCUAUCCACCAUGCCAACGCCAUCACCUCCAGAUGCUCUGUCCUCUAGGAAGGUGUGGAUUCCAUCACAAGAGGAACCCCUAUCCACCAUGCCAACGCCAUCACCUCCAGAUGCUCUGUCCUCUAGGAAGGUGUGGAUUCCAUCACAAGAGGAACCCCUAUCCACCAUGCCAACACCAUCACCUCCAGAUGCUCUGUCCUCUAGGAAGGUGUGGAUUCCAUCACAAGAGGAACCCCUAUCCACCAUGCCAACGCCAUCACCUCCAGAUGCUCUGUCCUCUAGGAAGGUGUGGAUUCCAUCACAAGAGGAACCCCUAUCCACCAUGCCAACGCCAUCACCUCCAGAUGCUCUGUCCUCUAGGAAGGUGUGGAUUCCAUCACAAGAGGAACCCCUAUCCACCCAGUCAGCCAUGUCAUCCCACCCCUCUCCUUCUCUGUCCCUGAUGAGUGACCCACCACCACACUCCUCUGACACACUGACAAACUACAGCUCCCAGCAGACACCACGAGCGCUCUCAGGGUCACGGAUCAGAAAGUCACACAGUCCAGCCCUCUUUCCCAGGAUGCCUGCAACAGAUGUUGACAUGGAGUCAUCCAGUGACAGCCCGGGCCUGACGCCCUGCGAAGAAGACUCCUCAGACGAGGAGAUGAAGAUGGAUGGAUGUUUAGAGGAGUGGGGGGGUAGUGCAGAGCACAGAUGCUCUACCUUCCUCUCUCCCACCCUUCUCCCAGAGGGUUCCCCUGUCUUCCUAACAGCCCUGGACCCAGAACCAGAGACAGGAGAGCUGGUCCCAGAACCAUCCAUGGCGCUGCGUGCUGUGGCCCAGAGAGAGCCGUCCGAGGCGCAGAGCUUCUGUGGUCUUGAGGGCUUCCUCAUCCUGAUGGACCUCGGUUCUCCACAGCCCAGCCCACGUCCCACACAUUCUCACCCAGACACACAGGACAGCGUACACACACUCACAACAGGGGCAGACAACUGGAUGCCCUGUAGCAGCUUCAGAGGCUGUGCUGAGGAACACCUGGUUACCACGGUGAUGAUGAACAGCCUCAGUCACAUAGCCACACCCACCCGGAGAGGAGCAUCCUCUGGUCAGGGGCUGUAUACAUCUGGUAGAUCUACUCCAAGGCUGUCCUCCCGUCCUACCAGUGCUCUGUCUCGCCCUGUCUCUGGCACCAUGUCCCAUCCCGUGUCCCGUCCUCUGUCUCGAGCGGCUAAGGAGAUCCUGGACGUCUGUCUCGUGGACCAGACCGGCUGUGAGGACCCUGACCUGGAGCAGGACAUAGACACACAGGCUCUCAGCAGCCUGGUGGAGGAGUUCCGAUUGAUGGCUACAGAUUCAGAUCUGUACCAGGUGUCCACCUCUGCGGGGGGCGGAGCUGAAAAAGAGGGGCGUGUCAGGAGGCGGGGCUCCUUCCGACUCGGAGCCAGCGAGUGUCAUUCAGAUGAGGAGGAGGAGACUCUGAGAGACCAGCAGAGUGUCCUGUCACUUCCCUGACCCAUCACACUCUCAACAUGGUAACACUCAGGAGACACUCUCAACAUGGUAACACUCAGGAGACACUCUCAACAUGGUAACACUCAGGAGACACUCUCAACAUGGUAACACUCAGGAGACACUCUCAACAUGGUAACCCUCAGGAGACACUCUCAACAUGGUAACACUCAGGAGACUCUCUCAACAUGGUAACCCUCAGGAGACACUCUCAACAUGGUAACACUCAGGAGACACUCUCAACAUGGUAACACUCAGGAGACACUCUCAACAUGGUAACACUCAGGAGACACUCUAAACAUGGUAACACUCAGGAGACACUCUCAACAUG